AUGGAUAGUGUCUUGUUUUAUGCUUUGUUGGCAUCUAUUGCAACUACUACAAAUGCUGAAUUUGUGGUAGCACAAUUCAGGAUCAUCAAGAAACAAAGCACCCGUGAUGUGAUCUUCAAUGGCAUAGAUAUCUACAGCAUGAAAAUUGAUAGCAAAGUGACAUCUCGAUUUGCCCACAAUGUCAUCACAGUCGAGCUGUCAAUUGUGCCAGUGUGUCUAAGGACGUGUUUUUUUGAUGUGGAGCUCCCCAAGACGGCCUUCAGCAUGUCUCAGAACCCAUUAGUGGACAAUGGACUACCUGAAGUCCAUGUUGGAUUCUUGGUUUUACCAGGCCUGGAAGCCCUGUUGGAGGCCUCACAACCCUACCAAACCCCAUCCCAAGAAAAAGCAGUUGAGCUCAGUUCCAAACGGCGAAUCUGCCUUUCUUCUAGUUCCCUUGUAGCAGAGAAGACACCAGUGAUAGAAUCCAGAACCUUCAUCAACGGCAAUCAGGAAACAACACAAACGAAAAAAUACUUGUCCUAUAUCUCCAAACCCAGGCAUCCUAGUAGUACAAAACUAUCCAGAAGAAUCUGCCUUCUCCAUUAUGUGCUCUCUUUCUCUCUCUCUCUCAACAUGAUGGUGCUGAACCUGGUCUCUGGGAGAAAAACUAAAAAGUUCACUGUUUCAGUCAACAUUGCAGCAGCCAGCAAAGUCACUUUUGAGCUCACCUAUGAGGAGCUUUUGAAACAGCACUUGGGAAAAUAUGAGAUGUUGAUUAAAGUAAAACCGAAGCAGCUAGUCAAACAAUUUCAGAUUGAGGCAAACAUCUUUGAGCCACAAGGUAUCAGUGAGCUAGAAGCACUUGGAUCAUUUAUCAAGAAUGACUUGACUCAGACCAUUGAAAAAUCUUUCUCUGGAAAAAAGGGCCAUGUGUCUUUCAAGUCAACUAUUGAUCAACAACAAACCUGUGAGAACUGCUCGACAUCUUUCUUGGAUGGAGAUUUUACUAUAAAAUAUGACGUGAAAAGAGACUAUGCAAGCAAUUUACAGAUUAUCAGUGGAUACUUUGUGCAUUUUUUUGCACCUGUGAAUCUCCCCAGGGUGCCCAAGAAUGUGAUUUUUGUAAUAGACAUUAGUCACUCAAUGUUGGGUAAAAAAAUGGAACAGACAAAGGAAGUACUCCUCAAAAUAUUGGAUGAUGUCAAAGAGAAUGACCACUUCAACUUUAUCUUGUUUAAUAACAGGAUAAUAUCCUGGAAGGAAUACUUAGUCAAGGCUACCCUACAGAAUUUGAAGGAAGCACAAAAGUUUGUUAAAUUCAUAAAAGCCACAGGAUCGACAAACAUAAAUGAUGCUUUAAUAAGAACAGUUGAAAUGAUGAAUGAAGCUCACAAAGAGAAGGUUUGGCCUGAGAGAAGCUCCUCUACAAUUAUAAUGCUGACUGAUGGAGAAUUGAACCAGGAAAAAAUUCAAGAGAAUGUGAAAAAUGCCAUUCAAGGAAGAUAUUCCUUAUACAACCUUGCCUUUGGCUAUGAUAUGGAUUAUAAUUUUUUAGAGAAGAUGGCACUGGAGAACAAUGGAUUGACUCAUCGUAUCUAUGAGGAUUCUGAUUCAGCUUUGCAGCUACAGAGUUUUUAUGAUGAAAUGGCCAAUCCCAUGCUUCGAGAAGUGCAGCUGCACUACCCUAUCAAUGCAACAUCUGCAUUAACGCAGAACAAUUUCAAUCAUUAUUAUGAUGGCUCUGAAAUUGUGGUGGCUGGACGUAUUAUAGACAAUGACCUGAACAGCUUUACUGCUGAUGUGAAAGUUCAAGGUGCAAACAAUGAUGUGACAUUUACUGAACAAGUAGAUAUUGAAGAAACAGCUAAAGCUCUCCAAGACCAGGAAUACAUAUUUGGGGAUUACAUUGAGAGGCUUUGGGCCUAUCUCACCAUCCAACAAUUACUGGAAAAACGAUGUUGAUUUAUUGGGAAAGGUUCAGAGAAAGAGAAUUUUGCAACAGAAGCCCUGGAGCUCUCUCUGAAAUAUAAAUUUGUGACGCCUCUCACAUCCAUGGUGGUAACAAAACCAGAAGAUAAUGAAGAUAAAGCUGCAAUUGAUGAUAAACCAGUAGAAAAUACUUCUAUUCAGUAUAGUUACCCUUCAAAGGCAAACUCUGGCUGCUUUUGUAAGUCAUUUAAUCUGAGACAUUGUAAUGUGUUUGCAGUUGAUGGAGAUCCACAUUUCCUUAUAGAAGUGACACAGAAAAAAGACCAUCUUUGCUUCAAUAUCAAUUUAGAUCCAGGUGUGGUGUUAAACCUAGUAAAAGACCCUGAUACAGGCAUCACAGUUAAUGGGCAGCUUAUUGGAAAAAAGAAAGUCAGCAACAAUGCACAGAUCCAAAAAACAUAUAUUGGAAAACUUGGGAUUGUAAAUACACAACUGGAUUUAAAAAUAGAAAUAAUGACUGAAAAAAUCACCCUCCAAAAUGGCAGAAAGACAGACACUUUUACCUGGCUUGAUACAAUCACCCUACAAGAAGGUUUGACUAUGGAGAUAAACAGGGGAAAGAAGCUAGUGCUUUCAUUCAGAGAUGGUGUAACUUUUAUUGUUGUUUUGCAUCGAGUGUGGAAGAAGCAUCCUAUACACCACGAUUUCCUAGGAUUGUACAUGCUGGAUAGUCACAAGGUGUCUGAACACACCCAUGGCUUAUUAGGACAGUUUUUCCAGCACAUUGAUUUUGAAGUUUUUGACAUCUGUCCUGGAUCUGACCCCGAGAAACCACAUGCCACAAUGAUUGUCAAAAACAAUAAACUGACAGUAACUAGGGUUAGUGAGAAAGAUUAUGGAAAAGACCCCAGUCAUGGAACAAUCAUCCCCUGUUGGUUUAUUCAUAACAAUGGUACAGGACUGAUUGAUAGAGCUCACACCAAUUAUAUUGUUUCCAACCUAUUUAGCACACCAUUUAUUAACUAA